CCAUAAAUGAACCAAAAGGCACGAGAGAGAAAAUGAGGAGAGAGAAAGAAAGAGUGUUUCAAACUUUCAGUGAGUGUGAAGCCAAAAAGGCCGAUACCAGCAGACAGUACGAAUACGUUCUCUUUAAGACGGGAAAUAAGAGAGGACAGCAAUUAAGCUUCUCCAUCACUGUGAAGCAACCGGUCUCCGUUCCUCUCUCUCUCUCCUCUUUCUCACACACUCUCUUCCGCUCGAUCGAGCUUCUCCGAUCCUUCAAGGCCUCUCUAGAAGGGUGGUGGGAAUCCUGUACAGCUCUCCCUUUCCCCCUUACUCUGCUCCUCAUAGUUGCUGCAGGUGUACAGCAAACCCAACACGCCGCCGUUUUUGUGAUGGAGUUGUACGGACGAAGCCCCGCCAGAAACGGGUCGAACCAGGAAUGGAGCCCCGCAGCCGGAGAGACCGGCCUCGAAGAGCAAAUGUGGCAAUUGGGGCUGACGAGCAGCGAAUCGUACCCGGAGAGACUCGGCGUGCCCAACUGUGUCUACUACAUGCGAACUGGGUUCUGUGGAUACGGUGGUCGGUGCCGGUACAGCCAUCCUCGAGAUCGUGCUGCGGUUGUGGCAACUGUAAGAGCUACAGGGGAUUACCCAGAGAGAGUGGGGGAACCUGUAUGUCAGUAUUAUUUAAAGACUGGGACCUGUAAAUUUGGUGCGUCCUGCAAGUACCACCAUCCAAAACAUGGAGCUGGAUCCUUAAACCGAGCUCCCCUAAAUAUUUAUGGAUACCCAUUACGACCGGGCGAGAAUGAAUGCUCCUACUAUUUGAAAACGGGGCAAUGCAAAUUUGGCAUAACCUGUAAAUUCCAUCAUCCACACCCUGCUGGAACAACAAUACCGGCUUCUGCACCCCAAUUUUAUCCGUCGGUGCAGUCUCCUGUUCCUUUGGCAGAACAGUAUGGGGGGGCAUCCACCAGUUUGAGGGUGGCUAGGCCUCCACUAUUAACUGGAUCAUAUGUGCAAGGGACUUACGGUCCUGUCUUGAUUCCUCCUGGAGUUGUUCCGAUUCAGGGUUGGAGUCCGUAUUCGGCACCUCUUAGUCCUGUACCAUCUCCUGGAGCUCAACCCACAGUUGGAGCAACUUCUUUAUACGGAGUAACACAGCUAUCUUCUCCAACACACGGACUUGCAAGCCCUUAUACCUCCAUACCCUCUUCUGUUGGUCCUUCUAGCAGCAACCCGAGUGAACAAGUUUUCCCAGAGAGGCCUGGCGAACUUGAAUGCCAGUACUAUCUGAAAACUGGGGACUGUAAAUAUGGACCAUCUUGUAGGUAUCAUCAUCCUCGGGAUCGAACUGUACCGGGAAUAACUUGUCUCCUUAGUCCGAUUGGUCUCCCACUCCGUCCGGGAGAGCCACCGUGUAGAUUCUACCUGAAAAAUGGUCAGUGCAUGUUUGGAUCUACAUGCAAAUUUGACCAUCCAGUGCAGACCAUGAGGUACAACCUCUCAGCUUCAUCUCUCGUUGAUAUGCCUGUUGUUCAAUAUCCGGUUGGGUCUCUGCUGGCCACCCUGGCUCCAUCAUCCUCAUCAUCGAAUCUCCGGCCCGAUUUACCUUCUUCUUCCGGGAACACCUCAAGUAGUUCAGGUGGAUUGAUUUUUUCACAGAGCGGUUCUGUUUCACUAUCUGAUGUGCAACUGUCCAGUCAGACUUCAUCUCCUUUAAGCAAUAGCAGAAGGGCGAGACCAGGUGGCGAGUUUCGUCGAUCAAUUUAAAGUAACACCCAAAGCCGCUCGUUCAUCAUCUCCAGGAGCGCUGUUCAUAUAGAUGUCGUCAGUAAAUGUGUAACGAGUCAAUUGUGCAAAGGGCGUCAUAUUUCGGUCCAUGAACCAAAUCUGUUUAUCCCACAGAGUAGUAGGAAAGGCACACACACUGUUGAUGCUUGUGUCGAUUCGAUAUCACAGCAAUCCAAUACAAAUUCCAAAUAAAGCUGCAGUAUUGAAAUUUCCCGUA